UAUGUUAGGGAACAAUGCAACUGAAAAAAAAGUAAUUGAGUUAAAAGAAGUAUCACUAAACCAAGAUUAGAUACGAUCAAUAUUAAAAUAAUAAUAAAAAGAAUUUAGAUAAUAUAGCGUUGAUAAAAGAAAAUCUCUAAUAUUACAAAGAAUUGAAGAUAUUAAGAGAGACAGAAUGCUUAAAUCUGAUGGAACAGUACAUCACUCAGAAGAUUUUAGAAAAGCAAACAAAGCUCUGGAAUAUUUCCAACCUGAAUUCCCUAUACUUAAAUUUCCCGUAUUAAUCUUCUUUAUUUUAGGAAGACACUGUGUUAAAUACUUAUGACAAUACCAAAAGAUGGUUGAAAGAAUUCGAUUUUCCUAAUAAAAAAUAAUAUUGGCAAGAGUUUAAGAAGAGAAACUUUAAACAUUAUCCAGGAUAACCUUUUAGUUAUGCACCAGGAGUUCCUACUUAUUUUGAGGAGUUCAAAGCAUACCAUCAUAUAGAGCAUGAAGAAUCUUAAGUUGAAAAAUAUUAACGACUCUAAUAGUAUAAUAUUUUAUAUCAUCCAGGAAAAAAGUAUUAUAUGUUUAACCAACAAAAGUAGUUGGAGGUGAAUUUAGUAGACCUAUUUUUGACAGGACUCAUGUCCAUGUAGAAUUAAAUCCUAUUCAUUAAGUGUAAUAUCUACCUAAUCCUGUCUCUGCAGAUUCAACUGACUAUAGAUAAUUAAGUAGAUAAUCAAUUAAAUCUAAAUUGAAUGAUAUGCAAAGAGUUAAACCAUUUACUUCAUGUAGUACUAGAAGUUAAAUAUUCUAAUUAAAAUACAAACCUAUGAAUGCUGAAAGUACAUAAGAAACAGCUAAAACUUCUAAAAAACCUAUUGAUGAUGAUUUUGAUAUUUGA